UGCUAUCUGAGUGCCUGCAGCUGUCAUGUUAUCCUUGACGAAGCUGAGUGUUUCAGUUGUGAUGGAUGGUUAUUUGUCGCAGCUGCGAGAGAAUAUGUGCGGGGUAUCAAGGAGAAGCUGUGCUUUGUUGCCCUGGACUUCCAGCAGAAAAUGGAAACAGCUGCCCGUGACAGGAGUCUGGAAGAGUUUUAUGAGCUGCCUGACGGUCAGGUGAUCGUGAUUGAAAAUGAGCGCCUCCGUUGCCCUGAGGCUCUCUUCCAACCCUCAUUCCUGGGCAUGGCAUCCUGUGGUAUCCAUGAAAUCUUCUACAACUCCAUCAUGAAGUGCGACGAAGAUUUCCGGAAGGACUUCUAUGCCAACAUGCUGCUCUCUGGAGGGAGCACCAUGUUUCCAGGAAUUGUAGAUCGUAUGCAAAAGGAGAUAACAUCCCUGGCUCCAUCUGGCAUGAAUAUCAAAAUCAUUGCUCCACCUCAUAGGAAAUAUUCAGUUUGGAUUGGAGGGUCAGUUUUGGCAUCUCUUUCCACAUUCCAGCAGAUGUGGAUCUCCAAGAAGGAAUACGACGAAUCCGGACCAUCAAUUGUUCACCGCAAGUGUUUCUAGUCGCCGCCCAUCCCCAUUUAUUCCACAGGCUCAUGUUGCUUCAUUUCAUGUUACUGAUUUUCUGUAAUUCUAAAAGACAU